GUAAUCACAGGUCGCAUCCGGUUCGUGCGUCGACCGAGAUACAAAAAGGAGAAAGCAAAAAUUAUCACCAGGAGCCGAAAACCGUAGAAAUGAAAUCGUUUUUUAAUUAUUAUUUUUACGUAUUAGAUUAUAUGUUGUUCAAAUCAUGGGUUUAAGUCACUGAUGUUUUUAUAAUAUUAUUCGCAGAUAAAUUUUAGAUGGUUGGGUCCUUUUAAUUGAUCGGGAUUAAGUGCGGUUUUAAUUGGGAUUGAAUCUGCUCAGGUCUCACUUCAUCGCAUGUGUUAAAGGUCGUCUUCGCGCAAGUGUGUUUAUAUUUGAUCAGUAGCGGUGACUGUGUGUUUGUGGAGUUGAUGAUGGCCACAUCGGCCCUGUACGCCUGUACCAAGUGUAACCAGCGGUUCCCGUUUGAGGAGUUGUCGCAGGGCCAGCAGCUCUGCAAGGAGUGUCGGAUCGCACACCCUAUAGUGAAAUGCACCUACUGCAGGUCAGAGUUUCAGCAGGAAAGCAAAACCAACACUAUCUGUAAGAAAUGUGCACAGAAUGUCAAACAUUUUGGGACGCCAAAGCCAUGUCAGUACUGUAACAUUAUUGCUGCAUUCAUUGGGACCAAAUGUCAGCGUUGCACCAACUCUGAGAAGAAGUACGGCCCUCCACAAACCUGCGAACAGUGCAAGCAGCAGUGUGCCUUCGACAGGAAGGAUGAGGGAAGGAGAAAGGUGGAUGGGAAGCUCUUGUGUUGGCUCUGCACACUUUCAUAUCGCCGUGUUCUACAAAAAACGAAAGAGCAGCGCAAAGGCCUUGGCUCUUCCCACUCUAACUCUUCCCUCAGUGAGAAAGAACAUCAGAGACACCACCACCACCAUCAUCAUCAUCAUCAUCAUCAGCACCACCACAGACAUGGAAGUUCACAUCACAAAAUAAGUGGUACUUUAAGUCCAGAGCAGGAUCAGGGACUGUGGAAGCAGAGCAUUCAAAAGGAAACGCCAAAGAAAAAACCCAAACUAGAGACAAAGCCAUCCAAUGGAGACAGUAGUUCAAUCACACAGUCGAUGGAUACUGGAGGCACGGAUAACUUCAUCUUGAUCAGUCAACUGAAAGAGGAAGUGAUGUCAUUGAAGCGCAUGCUCCAGCAGAGAGACCAGACCAUCCUUGAGAAAGACAGGAAGCUGACAGAGCUGAAGGCAGACUUUCAGUAUCAGGAGUCAAAUAUGCGGGUGAAGAUGAACAAUAUGGAGAAAGCACACAAAGAGGCCAUGGAACAACAACAGGCGAAGAACAGGGAAUUGAUGAAACAAGUUGCUGCACUCUCAAAAGGCAAGAAGUUUGACCGCAGCAGCAGCUCACUGCUGUUACCAUAGCAAUGACCUCAUGCCAUAACAAUGACCCCUUGCCCCGAUGUGUCAUUACUGUGAGGAAGCUUCACACUCUAUUGCUCACAGAUUCUCUGUGUUGUGUUUUAUUAUUCUGAUGAUGUCACAUAUGCAAAAAUUUCUAAUUAUUAUUAUAAUUGUUUUAUUUUCUUUGGCUAUUCUCAGCGGUUUUCGUAAUCACGUGUAUUUACAAAACAGGAAUAACUGUAUAGAGCCAUUACAGGAGCCCUGGCUGAACACAGCCUCAGAUCUCAUAUGCAAAACACUUCAGAUCUUCUGAAAACUGACUGAAAGGAAGCUCAAGAGCUGUCAACAAAUUUAUGGAAAUGUUAUGAAUUGAACGUGUCAGAUAUGCUGAACAGUUUUUAUAGAUGCUAAAUUCAUCUUUCUUUCUCUCUCUCAUGCUCGUUUCAAUUUUGCUCUCACACUCAUGGAAAGACUGUAUUACUGCAUGUCUUACUGCCUGGUCAACUGUGUGGUUUUGUAUAUUAACGGAUUUCUCGGUUUUGUUUGGCUUCGUAUUAGUGAUAUUUCAGAGACUAAUUUCGCAGGCCUGUAUGAGACACUGCUGUUUUAGUGAGUGAGGGCUCUCUGAUAUCUCCCCACCCCACCAGGCAUUCUCAUAUUUUUACUGUCAGACACUUUUGUACUUUUUGGUCUCUUCAACACGGACGUUUCAGGAAUAUUAAAGCUAGUAAAAACCUCA